AUGUCCCAACAAGUUCAACGUGCCGCUACUCAAUCCCUAAUUUCUAAGUACAUUAAUAAAGAAACCCUAAAAUAUGUUUUCACCACACAUUUCUGGGGUCCGGUAUCUAAUUUUGGUAUCCCAAUUGCAGCUGUUUUAGAUUUAAAAAAAGAUCCUGAUUUGAUUUCAGGCCCAAUGACAGGUGCACUAGUUGUAUAUUCUGCAGUUUUUAUGAGGUAUGCCUUGGCUGUUACGCCUAAGAACUUUUUGUUGUUUGGUUGUCAUUUGACGAAUGAAAUAGCCCAAUUGGGUCAAGGCUUUAGGUUUUUAAAAUAUCAUAAUUUUGGAAAUAGCAAUAAUAAUAGCAAAGAAGUUGAAACCAGUUCUAAUACUAGUACUACCAACUAA